AUGGAUAAAGCCAUUUUGGGCCUGACAGCCCAGAAGAUACGAGAGCUAUUUACAAUUUGCGGAAUUGAGGACAGCGAGGAGCUCCUUAAUCUGGUUAUCGCCCACGCUGCCGAUCAUGUUUACAGAGCUCGACUCGUGAUUGCUGGGGACUGGGAAGCAGGGACCCACAACCUACAGCGAUAUGGCCAGCACGGAAAAGAAGAAGAAAAAGAAGAGAAAAAAAGCGACGGGUCGGAGUUGAUUGAUCCACCGCCCGGAGCGUCAGUAGCUGAUGGAAAUGGAACAGCCGAAGAUAAGGCUCCUGAGGAAUCAAUUUCGCCAGAAGUACAAACAACGUCCGAAGUCGACGACCCCGAAUCUUCAUGUGUGCCGAAUCCCCGUGACAGCUCUUUGCCAUUACACCUAGACUCAGCCUUCGAGGUGAAGGUCAUAACAACAAUAUUGAUGCAAUGUGUAAAAUGCACCUCUAAUAUCGCACAAUAUGGGCAACGCGACUGCAUGGCCCUGGCAACAACUAGGCUCGAGAGGAUGCGGGAGCAUAUCAAAGAUGUCUCUCGAUUCAAUUAUGAGCAGGCAAUUCACGCCAUUCGAAGAGACACUGCUUUAACUACGGGCAGAGCAAUACAGACAAGAUACAACGAAACUAUCUUCUGGCCAAUCAUUCUCAAGUGCGCGGCGCUGAUCGACCCUGCCACGCUGCCACCCGCCAAGGGCCCGGCUGAUGGAUUCACCAUGGCGGAAAAAGCUGCCACAAAGAAAUUCAUGGAGGACACUGGGUAUAGCGUGGGUGCAGAGAACCAGCGACAAUACCGCAUUUUCUGGAAAAACAUAUUCGAUAUGCGUGAAGCUGGCGUUGACAAAAUUCUCCUCUACCGUACCAAAGAAUUCGACAGUUUCUGCAGGGGAGACUCGAAGCGUCUUAGCUACCUCAGCAAUCUUCAAGUGUUAGAACGACUGAAAGUGCCAGAGCCCUCGUGGAAUAAUGCUUCAAACGAGUGGGCCGUCAACGCUGAAGAAGAAAUAUUCAGGCAACGCAGCUCAAAGUCUAUCUCGACUGAUAUUCUUGGCACACCACACGGUGAUGAAUCGGUAUACGAAGGUGGGUCAGACAAGUCCGCAUUCAUCACUCUUCUGCCCAAGGACGACGAGACUCUGUUCGUCUCUUCUAUUGUGCCGAUAUGCGAGGGAGACACCCUGGGUAUAUUUGCUGGCACCAUCCGUUUGUCGGAGGAUUUCAAUGUCACCCACGGUAUCUCUGGUCCCGCUGAGAAUUUGUGGCUUGACUAUUCUCAGGUCACUGGGGCGCUGAAUCAGAUGCAGGUAUCUGAACCAGGCGGUAACGCAAACGUGUGCCUUCGCUGGGAGGCAUUCCAUGGUGACAAUGCGACGGAGCCGUGCAUCUCGUGGCGAGUCUCCGUCAAAGCCACCAAGCACAUUAUGCCAUUUGAUCCUAUCGUUCGCGCAACUGCUCAACAAGAACAAUACCAUUUGCAUUCGUCACCUGGAAAUGCCAAAAGAGGCUUUCUCGAAUCUGCUACUAACUAG